GCGGCGGCUCCCGGGCCGGGCUCCGCCGGCGCUGGGCUCCCGCGGGCGGGGGAGCCGAGCGGCGGCCGCGGCAUGUUGCAGGCGGGGACGGGCGGCGGGCUCCCCGGCGAGCUGCCCGAGCACUCUCCGCGGGGGCGCAGCGCCCUGGCCGAGCUGCGGCGCCGGGCGCAGGCGGAGCCCGGGCAGCGCUGGCCGCAGCCCCUCAGCGACUCCUUCCUGCUGCGGUUCCUGCGAGCCCGGGAUUUCGAGCUGGAGCUGGCCUGGAGGUUAUUGAAGAAUUAUCAGAAGUGGAGAAUUGAAUGCCCAGAAAUAAGUGCAGAUUUACGACCAUCUUCCAUUCUUGGUCUUUUGCGGGCUGGCUACCAUGGAGUCCUGAGAUCAAGGGAACCACGUGGAAGCAAAGUUAUAAUAUACAGAAUUGGACAAUGGGAUCCCAAGUUGUUUACAGCAUAUGAUGUGUUUCGGGUAAGUCUUAUCACAUCUGAACUCAUUGUAAAGGAGAUCGAGACUCAGCGAAAUGGAGUCAAGGUUAUCUUUGAUCUGGAAGGGUGGCGAUUUGCUCAUGCAUUUCAAAUCAGUCCAUCAGUGGCCAAGAAAAUUGCUGCUGUGCUCACAGAUUCCUUUCCACUGAAAGUUCGAGGUAUCCACUUGAUUAAUGAGCCUUUAUUCUUCCACCCAGUCUUCACUCUAAUUAAGCCUUUUCUCACUGAAAAAAUAAAAGAACGGGUGUAUAUGCAUGGAAAUAAUUACAUGCAGAGUCUGACUGAACACUUCCCAGUCAGCAUUCUUCCACAGGAAUAUGGUGGGGAGGAAGUCUCCAUUGAGGUACUUGCUGAAGAAUGGACUAACUUCAUAAUGUCAUCUGCAGAUUAUCUUCAGAGUAUUUCUCUGGUUGCCCAGUAAUAACUGUACUACAAUAUUAUAGCAAUUCUUGAUGACUGGAAGUGGAGCAAAGUUUAAUCUGAAAUCUUUCACAUGAACUUGAAAUUAUUGUAAAUAAAACCAGUAUGUCUUUGCAGGAUACAGAAUAUCAUCUUGACUGCACUUUUAUACUAACUGGAGUAUAUAAGUAUGUACAUCGGAAGGGAUUAAUGGAUUCUGUAUGUUUGCAAUACUGUUUGUGAUUGAUUAUUUUUUGUGCCAAAAAGCUGAAUAGUCCUAUGUGCUGGCUAUCAGAUUGAUGUUGCUCCUGUUAAGUCUUUGGACACCACUAACCUGUAAUAAUGCAAUACAGAACCUUAUGCUUAUCUCUUGUAUCUUGGCUUGUCAAGAUGAUAGGAUACAAAGCCAAAUGAUUUAAGAGAAGUGCAGAAUGUGAAUAGGGUAGAUUAGUUUGUUGUGGAAGUAUUGUUGCAGGUGUAAUUGCACAAGGAGUGAAAAGCAGCUGCUUUUUGGACUAAUUCUCAGGGAAAUGGCUGUUCUGUUAGUUUGCACUGCUGAGAUUGCACAGUCAAAUUGAAGAUUAGUCAGCAACAGUGAAACAUUUCUGUCAUCUUUGUGCUGCUUAGCACAAAAAGGGAAGCUGCAUUAAUUAACACAAUCUGCCAAUUUUAUAGAGGAUAAUAGGGAAAACACGAUGUACACAUUCUUUAAAAGACAGUGUGAAUCAGGAGGAACACAACUUUGAAAUUUCUGACUUUGUUUCUUCAAAGAGACGCUCUCUAUGGAAAAGCUAUAAGCAACUCAGAUUAUGAACAUCUUUAAUUCCUACUGUGAAACACUAUAGAGGUGAGGUCAAGAGAGCUGUUUGCAGUAUCAGUUUGUCUGUUUUGGAGGGUAAAGUAGAUUAUCCUUUAUGGACCUGAACUUUAGAAAUGGGUUGUGUGAUUUAAUGAUGCUUCGUAGGUCACUUCGGACCACCCAGGAGAUGCUGAGUAUCUCCAUUUUAUUUUCGGAAAGGUAACUGGCAACUUGCUAACGUAUAUCUUCUGUUGGGCACUGGAAGAAUUGUUUUUUAUUUUCGGUAGAGCCAUCUUUUCUUUUUCUGUAAGGGUGAUGGAGAAAAAAUCUGUCUAUACUUAUUAAAAACAGAUUUUUUUUCCCAAAGGGCACAAUUCAGAUACAAACACAGUAUGUGUAAAAGCUGCCAUUCACAUUACAUAGCAAUAUCAUCUUACAUUCCCCAAGAUUUAAUAAUCUAAAAGGUUAAUUUACUUUCCACUCUGCUUUCUGCUAAGAUUUGUUAGUACACCAAAUUCUAGAGUUCAUUUAUCCCCUAAUUCAUCUUGGUUUGGUAACAAGUCAGGGGUCUUGAAUUUAUAAACUUGUUAUAAAUUUAAAUAAUACUUAAUUACUUAUUUAAAUUAAUAUUAAUUUAAGUAUUAUAAAUUGGAGUAUUCCAUAUCAAUCUUCAGCAAAUGUUUCUCAGAUAGACAGAAAUGCUUAUAUCAGUUAUUUUGGUACCCUUAGUAGAUCUGAAUAUAAUAUUAAUUAAUGUUUAGGGGAGAGAAAUAAGAAAUGAGAUUAUCUUAUUAAAUCAGAAAUAUCAUAUUUUAGAUUAUCAUUGAUAUUGCAUUAUUGCAAUAGACAUUUGAAGCUAUUCUUUAUUAGCAGGAGGAACACCUAUGAAAGGCACAUACAGUACUUGGUGUAGUUUCCUCUGCAGUAAUAAUGUCAAUGCCAAACACAAAAUUCAUUCAAAAAUUUCAAAACUGACAAAUAUAUAUUUUUUUCAAUUCCCUCACCUUUAGUACAUUUUCUUUCUGCUCUUUCAGGAUAUCUGUGAUACAGAGCCUAAAUUUAAAGAAACAAUUUUCAGAUGCAUUUUCAUAUAGUCUUAUAUUUCAUAUCAUCAUCUUUUCCCUAAGUGAACCAAUGAUAUGAUAAAAACUCCUUAAGUAGAUAAGUUCAGGAUUGUUUAUUCUUCUUUAUAAAAAAACCAGACUAAGUAUUCAGGCAUCUGUCAGUUCUGCAAGUGUAUAACUGAAGUUUUAAAUUAUUUAAAACUGGAGAACUGGAAGACAGUGUCUUAAUUUUAUGCUCCUUCAGUUUUAAUCCGUGAAUAUGUGCCACAUAAAAGGAAUGAAACAUGUUUCAAUUAACAGGAAAAUUCAAACUUUUCUUACAGAACAAGAGUCUUAAUUGUAGCUGUUUUACCUAGAAGACACAAAAUACAAACUACUUCAGUUAGGCUACUUCAGUUAGAGCACUUAGUGCAAUUAUUUUUUUUUCAUGAACUCUUAAUUAGCUUUUAAUGUUUACACAUUAAUGUAGAAAUUAGGAGUGCUGUAUAUAAGGACCAACUUGAGUUGCUGCUAAUAAUAAUGACAUAAGAUAAUCAGGAUAUUUUGCAUAAUGAGUAGAAGAGGUAUUAGUAUGAUGGGUGGAGAUAUGUUAGCUUUGAACUGUAAGGUAAACAAACAGAACAAAAAUCUGCAAGUGCGUUAUUCUUCUGUAAUAAAACCAGGAGUGCCUUUAAAAAAGAAACUUGCUGUUAAAUGCUGAUGCAAAUAUAAUUUACUAUUGACUAUAAGCACACUGUAAUGCACUAUGUUUUAUAAUUUUGUACAUAUUAACAUCAUUAUUAUAAAUAAACCUUUUGUAGAUGAA